AUGCCAGCCGCCGGCUCCGAGCCGCCACGCCCGCCGUCGCCGCCCGCCGCGCAGGAGCAGGGCGCCGAGUCGCGGCCGCCGCCGCCGCACGGGGAGCUGCAGUACCUGGGGCAGAUCGAGCACAUCCUCCGCUGCGGUUUCCGGAAGGAUGACCGCACCGGCACCGGCACCCUGUCGGUGUUCGGGAUGCAGGCGCGGUACAACCUGAGAGAUGAAUUUCCUCUGCUGACAACCAAACGUGUUUUCUGGAAAGGUGUUUUGGAGGAGUUGCUGUGGUUUAUCAAGGGAUCCACCAACGCUAAGGAACUGUCUUCCAAGGGAGUGAAAAUUUGGGAUGCCAACGGGUCCCGAGACUUCCUUGACAGCCUGGGCUUCUCCAGCAGAGCUGAAGGGGACUUAGGCCCAGUGUAUGGCUUCCAGUGGAGGCAUUUUGGGGCUGAAUACAAAGAUAUGGAUUCAGAUUAUUCAGGUCAAGGAGUAGAUCAACUGCAAAAAGUGAUCGACACAAUCAAAACCAACCCUAACGACAGAAGAAUCAUCCUGUGUGCUUGGAAUCCAAAAGAUCUCCCUCUCAUGGCCCUCCCCCCGUGCCACGCCCUCUGCCAGUUCUACGUGGUGAAUGGGGAGCUGUCCUGCCAGUUGUACCAACGGUCGGGAGACAUGGGCCUGGGUGUGCCCUUCAACAUCGCCAGCUAUGCCCUGCUCACCUACAUGAUCGCACACAUCACGGACCUGAAGCCAGGUGACUUUGUACACACUCUGGGAGAUGCACACGUUUACCUGAAUCACAUCGAGCCGCUGAAAACUCAGCUUCAGCGAGAACCAAGGCCUUUCCCCAAGCUCAGAAUCCUUCGAAAAGUUGAGAAAAUCGAUGACUUCAAGGCUGAAGACUUUCAGAUUGAAGGCUACAAUCCUCACCCAACUAUUAAAAUGGAAAUGGCUGUCUAG